AUGGAAGUCACGUAUCAACAAAGUACAACACUUGACAUACCUGUUGACUUGUGUUUUGAAAACAUCUUGUUUAACUGCCGUUAUACAAAAACAGAGAAAAGCAUGUCAUUUGAUUGGCCAUCGUCUUCGUUUGAGUUUAACUGUCCUCAAGGCACUUUGGUGCUAUACUUCAAAUCACAAGGAGUGAAUUUGAUCAAAAUCAAGACUAAAGAAUUGUUGGUGAUAACAAGAACAGAACCAAUACACCCAGUGCCAGAAGAACUCAUUAACAAUACACUUGCUUUUGAAAACUCUUUUAUAACAAUUACCUUAACAAAUAGAACAGAUAGAUUGGUCCGAAUUUCACUUAUAAAGAUAACAGAGGCUAGGGAUGGGGCUUUAUCAUUCUUUGGAUCAAACAUUAAACUCCCACCCAUUGAAAGAACAAAACAGAAAACAAUGGAAAUCAUUGGAGACUCAAUGAUGUGUGGAUAUGGUAUAUUCCCAGUCGAAGGGUGCACAUCAGUCCCAUACCAAUCGGACUCAACUUCAACUUUUGCAGCUCAACUCGCCGACAAAUUUGAAUUAUCGACUCGAACAAUCGCGUAUAGUGGUAUUGGACUUGUGAGAAGUUAUAAAGAAAUCGAAUUUCCAAAUGAGAAAUUCAACCUUCCAAUUUUGUGGAGCAGAGAGUGCGCAGGCGGUGACACGUCUGUGUAUGACCACAAAGAAUGGAUUCCAGAUUACGUUCUUCUGUCAUUUGGAAUGAACGACUUUUGGGACGUUGUAGCCAAUGUUGUUGAUGAGAGUCUUGUUCCACCCGCCUACAUUAAGCCAAAAGCAAUUAAAAGAGAGAAAGAAGUUCAUUUCUAUGAGAAGGAAACAAAGGUCAUAACACCACUUCCUCGUGUUGACAGUGCAAUCGAGAAGAAAGAAGUUCGCAAACAAGUCGAACAAUGGACGCACGAAGGGCAUGAAAAGACGAUAAUAGACUUCUUUGUUUCUAACGACGAAAGCGACUUGGACGAAGUCUUUGCUGAGCACUGCAUUCUAUUUUUAGAGAAACUCCUUAGUGUGUACAAGACUUCAACGAUCUUUGUCGAGCUUGGCCCUAUACUCCCACGUGAGGGGGAAAUUGCGUGGCAGAGCGCAAUCAAGUCAAUCAAUCGAAAAUAUGGAAAGCGAGUUGUUGAACUGAAUUGCCAACUUUGCUAUACACAGAAAGAUCAAGAGUGUUGGGGUGUUUAUGGACAUCCAAGUUAUGAAGGGCACAAAAGGAUAUUCGAAACAAUUCUCCAACAGUUUGCCAAUGAAAUGAAUUGA